AUGUUGUUUGAGAAACUCAAGAUCUACAAUACUCCAGCCAAACUAUUGGAGAAACUACGUGAAGUUCGCAAGCAAUAAGAACAAGAAGAAUAAUAGGGAUCCUCUGAUUAGGUGCCAGAAAAAUAGAAAAUCGGUACUACGACAUAGCCCUUAUCUAGUGCGGCAAACAAGCUUAAAGACUUCGUGGACAAAUCUUAAUCAAAAGUCUCCCAUUGUUAAAACUCAAUUAGAUAUUGUCAAAAUGCGAAUGCCAUCUAACAAAAUGAAUUCAUGUACUCGUAUUACUGAGAUACCUAUACGAUAGAGAAUGCAAAUACAAAGNUUUGCUUCAUCAUUUUAUUUCUAAUCAGGUUAGCCUAAAAUUUGA